AUGGCUUCCUCUCAUAAAAUAUUUGUUCUUGUUGCUCUUGCUCUUGUGUUCAUUGCAUUGAACUCAUCAACGUCUAUAGUGGAAUCUAGGAAACUGUCUAACCCUAAUUCCAAUUUGAUGAGCCUUGAAGCAAGAUUGAAGGUGAGUGGUGAUGAGCCUUCUAAUUGUUGGGAGUCACUAUUUAAGCUUCAAGCAUGUAGUGGUGAAAUUAUUACAUUUUUUCUAAAUGGUGAGACUUACUUGGGCUAUGGUUGUUGCAAAGCAAUUAGGGUUAUUGGACAUGAUUGUUGGCCUAACGUUGUUGCAUCACUUGGAUUCACUAAUGAAGAAACUGAUUUAUUGGAAGGUUAUUGUGAUCAGGUUGAGGAUGUUCAUUCACCACCACCACCUCCCACACCAUUAGCAUCAUUGGUUAAGACUAAGGAGAUUCUUCCAUAA